AUGUUAGUUCUAUUCGCCGAAGCUUUCCCACCGCUAAACAGAGAUACGUUUGGCUCCAUGAAAACUCAGCAGAGAUACGAUUACUCUCGUGCUGCGGGUUUUAUGGACGGGAAGUUGUUGGAGUUAAAGUUGCUUAUCACUUAUAUUGAAGUUGUCAAUUUCAUUCCAGGCAUACUUCUUGUUCAGAAGCCUAGAAAUGUCGGCAGUACGUACUGGAACUAUAAAGGAUUUCACUCAGUAAUCCUUUUAGCUGUACGUGAUUGUGACCACGGUUUAUGGCCUUUGAUAUUGGCGCACCAGGACGAGCUGGAGAUGCUGGAGUUAUUAGAAACUCCAAUAUACGUGUACGGCCGUCCAUAA